AUGAAUUUCUUUAAAGUAGACGCGACGACGUACAAGUUACUAUACAAAAAUUUUUGGCAAUUUGAUUUGAAGUUGAAGUUUCGUCCAUCAAACUUUAGAAAGAGAGGAGAGGCAAUAGUAGGAAUCCAUUCAAAGAAUUUAGAAAAGCUUAAAGAAGGUCUUCAAAGAAAGAAGUCGGUGUUCGAAAGAAUGUCAAAAGUGGGUAUCAUUACUGUCACCCUUGAAACCGUCAGAAUACUUGGCGGUGGGCUCCAUGCAAUUUCGAAGCAUGGCCCUAUGAAGGCUGGAAUGUUGUUUCUCAAACAUUAUCAAUGGUCAAAUCAGACCGAUAGUUCCGAUCGAUUGCUAGAGAGAAUAAAUUAUUUAAAGAGGCUUUUCAGUGAUUACGUAAAGAAUGAUAAGAGGAUGAAAGAACUACUAUUGAAGAAACUUACGGAUGUUGAGUAG